AUGAACAUAGUGAAGCCUGAGCAUGGUGAUCUGGGCAACCAGUUCUUGGAUCUCAGACGCUCUCGAAGGUCGAGCAGCUCUGCUCAUUCCUCCACCGACCUAACCAACGCCGCACCCGGCCUCACCAACUCGGUCUCCUUCUCAACUGUCGGUGCCCCAGCCGACAUACCACAUUCUGCCACGGCCUUGACAGCAGCCGGCCUCAGCCAGUCGGGGAUCCAGUCGGGUAUGCCACCCCCCAGCAUUUACCCAUCCGCCCCAGGGAUUGGCGUCACAGGGCAGCAGGCACUUGGUUUCCCGUUGCGUCCUUCUUCUGGGCAAACGGGGCAUCGCUCUUCGCUACCGCUGGCUGUUGCCAGUCUGCAUCCCCGACGCCUGCCAUUGCAGACGGUAGAGCGAGUACAUCGGUUGACAGCUGACGCAGCAACCGACUCGGGAGUCUACGAGUGCAACGGGGCCCCCAAGACAUACCAGAAAGAGCCCAGCAUCGGUCUUGACUGGUACUCAGAACUGGCCUUUUCACUCGGGGCGUCUGACGCGCUCUAA